AUGUUACUGUUUGUUUUUUUUAACCCCUUUAUGGAAAGAUCGAAUUUUUUAGACAAGUUAAACAAUAUGAAUAAAAUAGAGUUUACUGCGCUUUUAAUUAGGAAUAAAUUGAUACAAUAUGGUAUGGCUCGUCUACACAGUGAUAUAACAUGGCAAUGA